CGGAACUAGUCCCCGGAUGAGGCUCAGAGGCCGCUACAAGGUUUUCAACACUGCCCUCCGUACACUGCAGACGUGAACUUGAAUGGAUUUAGAGGUUAAAGGCAUUGCUGCUUCUCCUACGAGUCAAACUCAGCCUUUCACUGGAAGAAACAAGCUGCUGCAACAAGGACAGACUUCCAGGUCAUGGGCAAUCCAGAAUCCUAGCCUACCUGUGGUUCCACGACUUGAUUUGGGAAGUCUCGUUGACUCUGAUGAGGAGGAGCAAGACAUAAUACCUGAAAACUUGCCAGCACCAACGAGCAAAUAUAAACUAAAAUAUCAGCAAUAUAAAACUGAAAUGAAAGAGGGAUAUAAACAGUGUAGUCAGACAAAUGCAGAAAAGACAAAAUCAAAGAUCACACAACAGUGUCCAAGAAACAAGGUAGAUGACAAGUGUAUAAAAGUUGAAGAAGCCAUUGUGGAUGGUCUUACCACUCUGGAUAGGAAAGCCCUCUUACAGCAGGGUUAUGCAGACAUCCCUUACAAUGCACAAAGGAGUAUGAGAAAAUCUGAUGCUGAAAUUGUGGCUGCAGAGAGGAAGAAACAGACUGUUGCAGAGCAAGUGAUGGUAGACCACUUAUCUAGGGCUGUAAUCAGUGAUCCAGAACAAAACCUAACUGCUGAGAGACAAGAAAGUGCUCGUAUCUUUCCAGAUUCAAAGAUAGCACCUCAUCGAUUUAGGAAAAGAACACUACAUGAAACUAAGAUAAGAACCCAUUCUACAUUAACUGAAAAUAUGCUUUCUCAUAAAGUACAAUUUGAUGGUAGGAUCAUAUCAAGAAAUGGACGUGAUGCUUGCAGAGAGCUGGUUGGGUUCUUUUUUGCUCAUGACCAGUCCCUAACAAUUUAUGAAUAUCGGCAAUUUGGGAAAAACAGAACAAAUGUGCUUCCUUUUAUUCAAAAAAACAUUUAUAGUCAUCAGUGUGGACGAAGAAAAGGAAAACACUACCAACUGGGCGAUUUUUAUGUUGGUGCAAACUUGACAUUUUUGAGUUAUGAUCAUCCCAGACUUCCAGAAAGCGUAAAGGAAAACACAUUACUUAUACUUCGGAUCACUAAUAUUGAUCAGAUGGCUUUGGAUUCUCUCAAAACUGAUUCUGUGGAACAUGAGGAUGAUACCAGCAGUCAAGAAACCAAUGACAGGCGUGUCUUAAAGGCCAUUCAAGAUGCGCUAAAAGAACAGCUACACAAAAGGGGUGUUCGUAUUUUGACUGGAUUGGGAAAAUAUCUUCAACAAUUGGACAAGGAAGGAACUGGACUUUUAGAUAAGGCAGAUCUUAAGCAAACUCUACAAGUAUUUCACUUAAAACUGUCUGAAAAUGAUUUUGAAUCUGUGUGGCAAAGUCUGAAUGGCAAUGGCAGUGGCAAGGUUGAUUAUGGAGAAUUCAAACGUGCCAUUAUUGGUGAAAUGAAUGAAUACAGGAAAUCGUUUGUUCGAAAGGCCUUUAUGAAAUUGGAUUUCAACAAAACUGGCUGUGUGCCUAUUAUAGACAUAAGAAAAUGUUACUGUGCAAAGAAGCAUCCUCAAGUAAUUUCAGGCCUUUCCACAGAGGAAGAAAUAAAAUUAUCGUUUCUAGAAACAUUAAAAGAUGCCUGCAGCAAGUUGGAUGAAGUGUCCUAUGGUGAAUUUGAAGAUUACUAUGAAGGUCUAAGUAUAGGGAUAGUAAAUGAUGAAGAUUUUGUUAAUAUCGUACGUACUCCGUGGGGGAUUUAGUUUUUUUAGAAUGAGUGUGUCUUCAGCACUAAGCAUUUUAAAAGAGAGAUGAAUUGAAUGUAAAAUAUGGUCAAACCCUGGAAUAUAUUUUUCUAGGAUUUCUUUUUUUUUUUUCUUUUCUCAAACAGGUUGAGUCUGGAAGGAGAAAUCAGAAAGAGAGCUGAAGGGGUAUGUGUCUGGUCAUGAGCAUGUCUGUGUGCUUGCCUGUCUUCUAAGUGUCUAAAGCUCUAUCUUGUUGAUUCAUUACUUAUCUUGAAUAUAUUUUAAAGGUCAUUUUUUAAAUUAGCCUUCAUAAGAAAGUUACAUCUGUAUCAAACUAUAUGAGAGCUUCUAUAUAGUAACCAAGUUACUCGUCCAUUGUUUUUUGGCUACCCAUUCUCCAAAAUAUGAUUGCUGCCCAGUCUCAAUUUGAAGAACUGGAAUUGGGCCCAAAAGCCUGUAAGACUUCAAAUAGUUCAGCUUGUUUCAAACAUAUGAAAAUGUUAAAGGAAUUAGAGGAUAUGCAAGAGAAAUUUUCCAUGCGGUGUAGAUGUUUUCUGUAACAUAAAUAUUUAGAAUGAUGGAAGCUUACCCUUAAAAUGCUUAUUUAAACACUGACUUGUCUUGUGGAUUCUUCUAAAUUAUGUGCUGUUUAUUGUCCAGUAGAGCACAAUGUAAUUAUUCAAGUGAUCAGAUCUGUUUGAUCUUUUAUCCUAUUUUUAACUGCAAUCCUUAUUACCUACGCAGAAUUACAAAAUGGGAUGGAGAAUAUUUUCUUAGAUUUUUAAAUAAAGAUCUGAAAAAGUGCAUUAUCCCAUGUAUGGACUAAGGGAUAAUUUAGUAAUUCUUAACAAAAUGAAAAAGGAUGUUUGUGUCCUAAAAUGAACGUAUGUUAUUCUAAACAUCUCUUUUUGUUAUGCUAAACAACAAAAACAUUUUCUUCUAAAUAGAUAUUAUUUAAUGGUUAGAUAUAUUGUAAUUGUCCUUUCUAUUCUUAUGUUGUUAGGUCAUAUUUUCUUGUGAAUAUAAUCAGAAAAUGUAUAGGCUGUCAUCUUGUAAAAACAGGGAAGAUUCUUCUGGGAUUUAACAUGUUAAUGUCACAGCAUAGUCUUCAAUAUCCUCCACCCUUUUAAUAUAAAUAAUCGUCUGUGUUUACAAAAAGUUUCUCUACUUAGGAGCUUAGGAAUAGUUAAUUUCUCAUUAUUUUACAUUGUUAUUUCAGUGUAGAGUUAGAAAAUACAUAUUCAAUAUGUUAUUUGUGUAUUUUGUUAAAUUUUAAUUGGUGGCACAAUAAAUCAUU